ACCAAUACUUCGUAAUUGCUUUUUUUCGAAUUAGCCCAUAAAUCACAUUAUCGCCACUUGUGUGCACAUCAAACAAAGGAGGACAAGUACGGAGCCACAUCAUUGAUACAAUCGUGCAUUCAACUACUAAACUCGGGUUGACCAGCACAUUAUUAUGAACAAGAAACCACCUUUGCCGCUAUCAGCAUUCAUUGGCCCCCAAUCGAGUACAGCAAGCAGCAGUGGCAGCGGUGGCGCUUCAAUGUGUUUCCCUACGCCUAGUAAGAAUGAAAAGCAACGUGACCACCACUCAGGUGGUCUUUGCGGUUGCCAAAAGGCACCCAAAUCACAUUGCAUAUCUGCGACAGGUGUUUUAUUGUUGGUGCUGCUUUAUACGGCCAUGGGUUCCAUUAUAUUCGUUACACUUGAGGGUGAGCUGGAAGACACAAGCUCAUUGGAGACGGCCGUAGCUGCCUCAAAACCAUAUCCGCGCACGGAAUUGGCCAACGCUGAAAUAAGAUCGAGAACGGUUGAUCGCCUGUGGUCGAUUACAGAAGACUUAAAUAUUUUAUACAAAGAAAAUUGGACGCGUUUGGCAGCACAGGAAGUACAACAUUUCCAGGAUACAUUGUUACGUGCUGUGCGCCAAUCGAAAAUUUAUCAGCCUGGUGUGCAAAUAAAUCCACCAACGCAUAAAUGGACCUAUGCCUCAGCUUUUCUUUAUUCCUUGACGUUGAUUACAACAAUAGACUAA